GCUAUACUGAAGGCGAACAAUUAUCUGUACUCAUUCAUCAUGAAGUAUCAGGCGCAGACGUCCAUCUUGUUUCUCCUCCUCUGUUACUGGAGCCGCCCUCCGACCGUCUCCGGCUUCACAGAAGAACAACUGCAAAGGGUAACCGGCUACGUCCAAAGAACCUUCGGGAUAAGGGGGCAGCACGCCUAUGCAGUUAAGUUCACUCCAGCCCAAUGUGCCGCGCUCAGUGAAAAUGAUAUAGCCGCUGCUCUGAAUGGUGAAAACAUCCAAAACGUUAAGAAUGCCAUGAAUUCCCAGUCAAUAUACAGCGGAACACAGAUGGUAAUGGCCACCUACAAGGACCUGGGUAACAACAAAAGAGAACACUCCGAACAUCGUCUUCUUUAUCCACCUUCGAGGUCCAGCGUCUCACCAGCACAAGACCUCAUGAACAGACAACCUGCUGCCGGAUGUGUUUUAUUUUAUACGUAUAACUCCCCAUGUAACGCGUAUUGUACCAAUCCCAAUGGACGUUUUAAUAUCGUGGACAAGUUAAGUGUCUUUGGGACAAAUAACAAGGCUUUCGUUUUCAAUCAAGUAUACCAAGAACAAAAUAUAAACUGCUGUCACGAAACUCGAUUGAAGUCAGUUGAUAAACAAAUGCCCCUCUAUCGCUGUACCAAUAAUUGCAUUAAGUGCUUUAACAAUAAUAGAUUUAAUGCCCUCUGUUUAAGAGCGUAAGGAUACAUAUUUCAGAAUUAUGCGUAGGAUUUCUUCCUCAGGAUAGGUGCCAUCGCUAAACAAGAAUCCACUUUAAGUUCCACAACAUUCCCAGAGUAGAA